GCGUUAAAGCGAUACUGCGGCGCCGUCUCCUUUUGCUCUCCGAAACGUUGCUGCAACUUGGGCGAUUGUCGCCGCCCGUGUUCGCUGCUGUCCAACGCGCGCGGCUGGAUUGAGCGUGGGAAAGAUCCCCGGUUCGGAUGCGCCACCGAGAAAUCCCGACCCGCCGGGGACCGCGCUGAAUUUCCGGGCCGGAGCAACAAAAGGCUCCGCCAAAAAGACGGGCUCGCCUCCCAUGCGGGAUGAUGGCUGCUCUCGCAACGUGGUCUAAGUUGGACUACCGCUGGAAGUGGAGCCUCAGCCUUUGCCGUGUGGUGGGUUGGGCGCAGCCGGCGUGCGGAUCCCUCGCUGCUCCUCCAGCUCGCCGCUGGUUUUAAUGCUGGCGUUUAACGCUCGAGUUCUGCCUGGUGCCUGCGUGGUAGAGCUAUUGCCGGAUUUAUUUAUUUUUCAAGCGAUCUGAUGUAUUCCGAAUUCUUUUAUCAUUAUUAUUGGGACCAUUCUGAGUCUUGAGAGCCCGGUCUGCGUCUGGUUAUAUUAACGUGGAUUGCGUAGUAGAGCAUUUGCUAGGUGCCACUCUAGGGGACUCAAUAGGACUUUGUUCCCUUUAAGUGGAGGAGCGCCUCAUUUGGGCAGCGUACGCCUGCCUGCUCUCUUGGGGGAGACGGCCUGAGAGCGACACUGCUGUAAUGUGAUUCCCGUGCCAGCCCAGGCAAAGGAGAGAACGGAGCGCCUCUUGCAAGUUGGCUGAAUGCUUUGAUAGAGAAUUACAGACAUGCUUUGUGGACUGAAAAAGGAUUUGCAGUCAGAUUUCGAUGAUGGCCCUUAUUCAAAAGGGAGCAAAGACUCGGGAGGACUGGAUGCAGCGUUAGUUUCAAGAAGGCAAAGUAUUCCAGAGGAGUUCAGAGGAGUCACAAUUGUGGAGCUGAUCAAAAAAGAAGGAAGCACUCUUGGAUUAACUAUAUCUGGUGGCACAGAUAAAGAUGGGAAGCCGAGAGUCUCCAAUCUGAGGCCAGGAGGGCUGGCAGCAAGGAGUGAUCAGCUAAACGUGGGCGACUACAUCAAGUCAGUGAAUGGGAUCAACUUGACCAAGCUGCGACAUGAUGAAAUUAUAAGCCUUUUGAAGAAUGUGGGCGAAAGGGUGGUACUGGAGGUAGAAUAUGAGCUACCCCCGGCUGCUCCAGAGACCAGUGCUGGCAUUAUUCCAAAGACCAUCGAAGUGACCCUGUACAAAGAAGGCAACAGUUUUGGAUUUGUGCUACGAGGAGGAGCCCAUGAAGACUGGCACAAAUCCCGGCCAUUAGUAUUGACCUAUGUUAGGCCCGGUGGCCCAGCAGACAGGGAAGGGUCUCUGAAAAUUGGAGAUAGGCUGUUAAGUGUUGAUGGGAUCCCCCUCCAUGGUGUGAGUCAUGCUGAUGCUCUAAACAUUCUUCGUCAGUGCAACCAGGAGGCCCUCUUCCAGAUUGAGUAUGAUGUCACCAUAAUGGACACAGUAGCCAAUGCUUCAGGCCCUUUGCUGGUGGAAAUAGCAAAGACUCCAGGAUCUGCACUAGGAAUCUCACUGGCAACCAGCACCCAUCGGAAUAAGCAGGUCAUAGUUAUUGACAAGAUCAAGCCGGCCAGUGUAGUGGACAGAUGUGGGGCUUUGCAUGUUGGCGAUCACAUCCUUUCCAUUGAUGGCACCAGCACAGAACACUGUUCAUUGUUAGAGGCUACUCAGCUUUUAGCCGCAACAUCAGAAAAUGUGAAGUUGGAGAUACUGCCUGCUCACCAGAGCAGAAUGCCCCUCAAGCCUCCGGACACAGUCAAAGUGCAGAAGAGUGACCACCACCAUUGCUGGGAUCCUUGUGUCAGCUACUGCCAUACUCACCAUCCAGGGCACUGCAAGACCCCCACCUGGAACCAGACUUCUAGCCAAGAUUAUUGCAAAUCUCUCAUAGCUGCCAAUUUCUCAUCUCCCACGAUGAACACAUCAGGGUUUGCCUGCCAGAAUUCCAAUACUCUACCUCGGAGCAACCACACCAUGAGCCCACGGGCCACCAUGCUGAGGAGAAGACAGAGGAAGAAGGAGCACAAAAGUUCAUUGUCAUUAACGUCCAGCACAGUGGGUCCUGGUGGGCAGAUAGUUCAUACGGAAACAACAGAUGUGAUUCUAAGAGGAGAUCCUUUGAAUGGCUUUGGACUGCAGCUUCAGGGGGGGAUCUUUGCUACUGAAACACUCUCUUCUCCCCCCCUCAUCCGAUUUAUUGAGCCUGACAGCCCAGCAGAAAGGUGUGGCCUCCUACAAGUUGGAGACAGAGUACUUUCCAUCAACACUAUUGCAACAGAAGAUGGGACAAUGGAAGAAGCCAACCAACUCUUGCGGGAUGCAGCACUGACUAACAAGGUUGUGCUGGAGAUUGAAUUUGACGUUGCGGAAUCUGUCAUUCCUAGCAGCGGUACCUUUCAUGUGAAGCUGCCCAAGAAACGAGGUGUGGAGCUAGGAAUUACCAUCAGUUCAAGUCGAAAACCCGGGGAGGCUUUAAUUAUCUCUGAUAUCAAGAAGGGGAGUGUGGCACACAGAACUGGCACCUUGGAGCCUGGAGACAAGCUUUUAGCCAUUGACAACAUCCGGCUCGACAACUGCUCCAUGGAGGAUGCGGUACAGAUUUUAAAGCAGUGUGAAGAGCUGGUCAAACUGAAGAUCAGAAAGGAUGAGGACAAUUCCGAUGAACAAGAAACAACUGGUGCCAUCAUCUACACAGUGGAGCUGAAGAGAUACGGUGGGCCCUUGGGGAUAACCAUUUCAGGGACUGAGGAACCUUUCGAUCCCAUUGUCAUCUCAGGCCUGACGAAAAGAGGGCUGGCAGAAAGAACCGGAGCCAUACAUGUAGGAGACCGGAUAUUAGCUAUUAAUAAUGUAAGCCUUAAGGGGAAACCACUGAGUGAAGCCAUUCAUCUUCUCCAAAUGGCUGGAGAGACGGUAACGUUAAAGAUCAAGAAACAAACGGAAAGAAUUUAUCCCAAUAAGUCUGCAAGUAUGAAUGAAGUGAGUGACCCAGAAGAUGACCUGACCGACUCUCAGAAAACUAGCAAACUCUCUGAGAUUUAUUCCACCACGAUCCCCAGUGUGGACAGUGCAAUGGAAUCAUGGGACGGUUCUGGAAUUGACGCAGGUUAUGGAAGCCAGGUAGGUACUUACAUACCUCAGGCUGUUGGUAUUGCUCUUCAUCCACAUGAGUGGAGAUCCAGCAGACAGAAGAGCAGCACCCCUCCUGCAGACCCCAGGAAGAGUUACCCGUUUAUGGAUGGCACUUUCAGUGAGGAGGACUGGGAGAAGCCCAGCAGAUAUCCCAACCGCCAAAAUGGCCUUGAGACCGCACACGAAGAUAAUUUUUGGCGUGUUUUUGGAGAGGCUUUGGAAGACUUGGAAACAUGCGGCCAGUCAGAACUUUUGAGGGAGAUUGAGGCAUCCAUCAUGACUGGGAGUGUACAUAAUCUGGGUCUUGAUGGGGGCAAGUUGCUCAUGAACUCUGUUAACCAAUCAGGAUUGAGCCCAUCAAGGACAGGGAACUCCAAGAGUUCAGGUGAAGGGCAGGGCCACAGCAAUGCCACUCCCACCAAGAAAAAUGAAAGGAAUUUGGAGAUCAAGAUGAUGAAGGAAGAGAUUCAGGAAAUUAUGUCUCCCACUCCUCUUGAACUGCACAAGACUUGCCUGUUGUUGCAGAUGACUAUCUACAAGGACCCAGAGACUGAAGACUUUGGAUUCAGUGUCUCUGAUGGCUUGCUAGAAAAAGGUGUCUAUGUUAACAUGAUCCGUCCAGAAGGGCCAGCUGACCAGUCUGGCCUCAAGCCCUAUGAUAGAGUCCUUCAGGUUAAUCGCAUCCGAACGAGAGACUUUGAUUGCUGUUUGGCUGUUCCUCUGAUAUCUGAGGCCGGAGACAAAUUGGACCUAGUAAUCAGCCGAAACCCCCUAGCCUUUGCUGCCAAUGCCCGCUUGGAUGACCAUGGGAAUCUGCCUGGCCAGUCAUCUGUUGGGGUGGAGGUCAAGGCCAACAUGCAGACCCUCUGAAUGGUGACCUGGUCGUCAGCUGCCCUUGAGGCUCGGCAGAAGAGCUUCUUGGUGUCUCUUGUGGUUUUUUCCAGUUUUUUUGUUGUUUUUUUUGCACUGGUAUUUGUGGUUACUCUUUGUAGUGUAACUUGCCAUGAUGAAGUGGGUCUCUGAUGAGCCAUGUCUUGAAGCCUGUCAGGCUUGGCCUUGCAGAACUUUUGCCUUUGGCUUGCGUAAAUGAUGGAAUGUGCUGCUGGCCACAGAAUCUCACCUGCGAGAGAACGUCUUUCUCCAGUCCAUCAUUCACGGUCUGUCUGAGCUUUUCCAACACUGGGCUAAUAGGGAACAGGCCAUCUCUUUGCCCCAAUCUGAAGGGCUUGGACACAUGGUGCUAUUUUUGUUGUUGCUGUUGUUUGCUUUGUUAAAUCAUGUACAGUAAAGUUUUAAAAUAACCCCCUUGUUUCUGUGAAAGACACACACACACACAACCCCAGCACUACUCCAUGGCCUUUUUUUAAACAGUUGCAAGAACUCUGAAUCCCAUCUCCAAGUUCACUCAUCCAUCAUCACUUUUUCACUGUGCCACACUGAAUUUCCUUAAAACCAAGAACCGUUUUCACUUUCUAAGUUAAAAAAAAUUAACUUGAGCCCAUGUCAAAGUUUAGACAGUUAAAAUUCCUUUUUUCCCCCACAUCCACUUGAUCUUUGGGACAAAACUGAAGCACUUUCCCCACUGUUUGCUUAAAGACGGUUUAUUUACUGCAUUUUUAGAAGGCACUUAGUAUAGAAUACAACAUACAGGUAAAUUGCUGUCCUGGUCUACCAGUUUUCUUGUGCACAUACAGGGUACCAAUGAGCUCUUUUCUCACUAAGCCCCUAAUUUAUUCCUUAUGAAUGGGCAUGAAUCAUUCACACCAGCUACUGUUUCCUUACCCUUAGUUUUGUUUGUGUGUCGAAGUGUGUGUGUGAGGGAGUGGCCUUCCCCUUGUCACCACUGGCAUGAGAGACAUCCUGUGUUUGAUAGAUUUUGUGUUCCCCAGUGAGCCCUCUGUUGGUCAUGUUAAUGGAAGUACAAGUUUUCAUCAUAUGUUGAUGAGGAUUGACACUCUGUUGUAGCCAUUCCGGGCAGCAGCCCCUAAGUUUUCUAUGGUUACCUUCUCCAUGGCCUAUAAGCACGAUGCCUUUGUAACCCUGUGACCCAUAUCCUGCAUCUUCCUCCUCCAACCAGAUCCUCGUGUAAUGAUAAAUGGGUGGGAUAUUUACAUUUGGUUGAACGAUCUGCCUGCAGCAAAAGGGUUGAAACACAAUCAAGGCCUUGAUCUCUUCCUUUUAUGUCUUGCUUCACUGCAAAACAUUGCCCGGUCUUGCGGAUCUCUUUCUGGCCAGUACAAUUGCCUGUGCCAGGGUUUCUGGAAUAGCACUUUAUUGUUGCAACUUCUGAUGGUCCCUGUUUGGGAAUUUGAGUAAGUCCUUGAUCUGGCCACUGUUCCUUUGUUUUUCUUUUUUCUUUUGUACUGUGUGAUGCAUUUUAAGGAGCCAUGUUGUGGUACAGGUUGGGAACCUCCUCUGUUAGAUCAAGGCUUGGUCAAGAGUAGAUCCCAGACCAAGCUGUGAUUGUGUCUACUUCCCCCCCCCCCCCCACCUCACACUACUUGGACCAUUAUAAAGUAUCUGUGAUCCCGUUAAGAUGUGCAUGGAGUCCCAAUGGGCUGUUUCUAGAUGUAGCCAUUCUCUUUUUGCAAAGUAUGCAAUAUUCCAUACCAUUGCUGCCAUAACCUAGAUAAUGUGCCAUAAAAAGAAAACUGCAGAGCAUUGACAGUUAAGCAGAAAAGGGGGUUUUAUAUGCAAUAUUCUCAAAAUGGCAGAAGCCCUAAUGUGGCUUCAAAUAGGUUUUUAAUGAAGACUUUUAAUAAGGCUUUAAAAAAAUUGGUCCUUGUAUCCCUUCCUAUGCAUUUUGAAUGAUAUGAAAAUGAAAUGCAUUACUUAAAUGUGUAUUUUUAUCUAUAUAUUAGAGUGUAUUCCUUGUAAAGUAUUUUUAUAUGCUGAUUUUCUUAUGUAUCUAUGAAAGCACAAUAUUCAAAGAAUAUUUUAGUCCUGUUUUGGACCUAUUUGUAAAUCUAUGUAUUUAAAUGGUAUUGCAAUUCCUUUGAUUUUUUUAAUUAAAUAAAAACAAAUGAAACAGACAUUUUGAG